ACACAUACAUAUUCAUAUUUAUCUAUAUAUAUUAAUACAUCAAUUAAUUAGGGAAAUUUUGGAGAUGGGUUUACAUGGGAAAUUGAUUUCAGCAGUAGAAUACAAAGCUGGUGGAGAUGUGUUUCAUGAACUUUUCAGGUACAAGCCAGAGAAUAUUUCCAUAAUGAGCCCUGAUAAAAUACAAGGUUGUGAUCUUCAUGAGGGGCAAUUUGGUCAUGUUGGUUCCAUCAUUUGCUGGAGGUACACUCUUGCUGGGGAAGAGAAGAUAUCAAAGCAGGUGAUCCAAUCGAUUGACGAAGAGAAAAAAUUGAUUCAAUUCAAGGUGCUUGAGGGAGACUUGAUGGAGCUAUACAAAGAUUUCGUUAUUACGAUCCAUGUGGAGACACAUGGAGGAAUUGAUUUGGUGACGACGACAUUUGAAUACGAGAUGCUUAAUGAAGAAGUAGAGCAUCCCAUCUCGUACCUUUCCAACUUCAUCAACAUCACCAAAGACAUUGAAACUCAUCAUCUUGCCCAACCUUGAAUGUUGACUCUUAGCUAUUUCCAACAAGAACGUGUGGUAUUCAAUAAUGUUUGAUACUUUGAUGUGUAUGUGUGUGUGUGUGUGAGAAAGAGUGAGAGUUUUUCCAAUUUGUUGUGUGAUUACUUUAAAGUUUCGAAGUUAUUGUAUUUAGCUCUUCUAUUCCUACUGCAACAUUGUGUGCGAGCCAGUGAUGUGUGAUUAAAAUAAUAAAAGGAUUAUUUUUGAAAAA